AUGACUUUGACCAAGAUCAAUUUCAUCACAGGCAACAAGAACAAGCUCGCCGAGGUGCGCGCCAUUCUUGGCAAUGUCAUCGAGGUCGACAGCCAAGCUGUGGAGGUGCCCGAGAUUCAGGGCACCAUCGAGGAGAUUGCGAAGGAAAAGGCUCGUCGCGCUGCCGAAGCCAUCAAUGGACCGGCCUUGACCGAGGAUACGGCUCUUGAAUUCAAUGCUCUGAAGGGGUUGCCGGGACCAUACAUCAAAUCUUUCAUGGAAUCAUUGGGUCAUGAGGGGCUGAACAAGAUGCUUGAUGGUUUCGACGACCGGUCUGCUGAGGCUGUGUGCACUUUUGCCUUCUGCCGAGGCCCUGGCGCCGAACCAAUUUUGUUCCAGGGACGGACAGCGGGCUCCAUUGUGCGGCCACGAGGACCGACAAACUUUGGCUGGGACCCGAUCUUCGAAUACGAGGGCCAAACUUACGCGGAGAUGGAAAAAGAGGCAAAGAACCGGAUCUCCCACCGGUACAAGGCUCUGGUGAAGUUCCAGCAGUGGCUGGCAGAGGGCCAGCAGUGA